GAGCGCGAGAGGCGCGAGCGAGAAGCGGCGCGAGGCGGCGCCUUCCCGGCAGGCGGCGGAGUCACGUGGGGCGGGGUGGCGGUGGUUCCUCCGACCCCGAGGCGUUGCUGCUGCUGCUGCCGAGGUUCCAGCGGAGCGGGCUGGGUGCGCCUGCGUGUCUCGCCUCCGCCGCCGCCUGCGAGCGCCCUUUCCUGCUGCGCCGUAGUAGUAGUAGUAGUGGGACUCAGGGGGCGGGGAGGGAGCCUGGGCCUGCCGCCUACCACCGACGGCUUCUAGGCUGGCUUCUUUCCUUCCUUGGAGGCGCCUCUUCUCCUGCUCCCGCGGGCCUGCGUGGCGGUGGUGUCCCCCCCGCACCUUCCCCACCCAACUGGCAUGGGGGACUCUCUGCCCCAGGGGGGCUUCCAGGCUGCCAACAUGGACGGUGAGUGCCUUUGCCUUCUGCUUGCAACCUCCUUCUCAGUUGUGGGUCCGGGGGUGGGGGCAUCUUUGCCUUUCUGCCCCAGAUGUGGGGCUUCCCCACACCCGCUUUAGUGGAGGGAGGAGGGGUGUGCAUUCUCCUCCUCCUCCUCUCCCCCCUCCACUUUGUUGUUGUUGUUGUUCACGUCGCAACGCAUCUGGCAACACAAACGCAUACUUUGCCAUUAGCAAACGAUGCACAACUCUCUUCCUCGUCGUCGUUGUUAUUCGCUUACAUUUGAAAUCAUUAGAAUACAUUGUGCCAUUAGCCAGUGAUACAAAACAUUAACAAAUACACACAGAAACACAGUUUGGUGAGUUGCAAGCAGUUAUGGGUCGGAUCCAGUGCUGGCCCCGCUCAGAGAAGGCCCAGUGCUUUUUCCCCCCUGGGGGUACUCAGUGGCAGUACUGGUACAUUUUUUUAGAAGAAGAAAAACACUGAGUAGACCUGUUGAAAAUAAUGGCAGUGGCUAUCUUGGGUUGAUUUCAGUAAUUCUUAAGUAUGUUUUUUUAAAAAAACCACUUUCCCUCAGCUGUGAAGUUCCAAAUUGAGUUACAGCAAUGUAAUCAUGCAAGUAAAACGAUUUUCAGAUGCAGCUAUUAAAACAAAGCAAUCCUGAGCAAAUGUAGCAGUGUACAGAGUAAAACAAAAAUGGAAGAUGAGAUGGGUCCCACAAAAAUGUCUUACCUGUCAAAGGCCAGGGUUAAAGGGGUGAGUUAGGAAGGAAGAGGGAAAUGGUUGGUCCUCUGUUAACUAAUAAUAAUAAUUUUUAUUAGUACCCCGCCCAUCUGACUGGGUUGCCCCAGCUACUCUGGGUGGCUUCCAACAUAUAUAAAAACAUAAUAAAACUAGGAAGGUGUGAGGUGAGAUGUCUCUGAUUUGGAGGAGAGGAGGAGAAAUGUUUAUUGGUUUCUUAAUAAACAUUCCCUAUGUGAUGAGCAAUAAAUGAAAUGUGUUGCUAGUGUGUGAAAAGAUCCACCGAUCCCCAGGCAUUCCUCUCCAGAUGGUGGAGACGUCAGGCACCAUCCUGGCACCUGGGCAUCUUCACUUGGUUGCAAGUGGCCAAUAGCCAGGUGCAAAAUGAGCCUAGCGAUUGGCUGAUUUCAAGAGGGAGUGGUAUUUGGUUGGGGCUAUUCCUCUUGCAGCAGGGGCAUUCUCUGAGUUGGGAUGAGAGGAUGGGCAUCUGAGGAGGAGGUUGGGGACGACUGACACACCAUGCACACUUUGUAGGUUUCUAGGCCAACCUGGUGCCUUCCAGAUGUUUUGAGCUACAACUUCCACCAGCCAGAUGUGGUCCAAAACAUCUUGACGGCACCAGGUUGGCCAAGCCUGCUUACAAGUUGGACCUGUGACUGGUUCCUGGAAGAAAUUGCUCCUAUGUGCUUCACUAAUGGCUCCUUUCUGUGUUGUUUCCUACUGGUGCACUUUAUCCUUUGUCUUCGACUGAUAGGGCUCACAAUUUCGAUUUUGCCGUUGGAGCUGGGGGCAGGGAGGAAUUAACUUGUAAUAGAGGUUUGUCCCCAAACACGGCUGGUCCCGAAUGCUUUUAGUUGGUUAUCCUUUCUGGAUUAUUUAGUGCUGGUUGAUGCGCAGUGAUAUUUGACUUUCUGUAGUUUUGUAGUGAUUAUGGUUUAUGUAGUAUUAUCAGCCUGCAUGCAUCUUCAGAUCUUCUGUUAGAGUUCUUCUCAAAUUUACCCUUCUCAAAUGUACCUCAAUCUUUCACGAAGGGGGGGGGGCAGCUAAACUUAGGGAUCCUCUCCUCAUGGGGGGCACAUCUGGUGUCCACCUUGCAAGCUUUUCAGGUGCCAGCUGAAGACCUUCCUACUUGCUCAGGUAUUUUAGAUUUUUGAUGAUCUUUGGAAUGUUGCUGUCUUCUGUUUGUCUUUGUGGGGCGUCCUAGUGCCCAUCAUCAGCGUUCGAAACUUCCAUUGUUCUAAGCGCAGUUUUGUGACAGGGAAUUUCAUUAAUGCAAGCAGUUUCUGAGCUCAGGGUGCGGUAUUGCCUAAAAUUUCAGAUUAAAACUACCACUGCUGGAAGGAAAGCAGGACCUUUUUCUGCCUCCCCACUUCCAGCCACUCUCUGAAGACUGGAGAAGGGACCCUCAUAAUAAUAUUAGGCGGGCAGGGAGGGGAAGUAGGGCUUUGUUUUUUUGCAGUGUUAGGAUGCGGACUAGACUAUGUGAAAAAUGAAGAUAAAAUUUUAGCUGCAGUUCAUUCAUUUUCAGCUUUGUAUUCUUGUUAUUAAAAAGCGUGCCUAGACACUCCAUUGUGGCGCCCAUGACCUAGGUUUAAGGUGCCAUUUAGCUCCUAGCUUUCAUAUCUCAGUUUCUAACACUGGCCAUCAUAUCUUGCUGUGCUGUGUGAGAAUGUGGUCAGUGUACUCAUCUGGGUUGUAUCCAGCUGAGUUCUACUCCAGGUAGACCUCUUGAAAUGAAGAGACCUGUCAGUCAUCUCAUUCAUUUAAAUGGACCUACUCUUGGGUGCGACUAAUACAAUCCAAAACUGUCAAUGUUUUCGAUGAAUGGCAGUGAUGCAUGUGUGCCCUCUAACCAAUUCUUAUGUGCUAGGGUGGGAACAGAUAAAGCUGCUCAUCCUUUCCCAAAUGAUUCUUCCCUGUCAUCAUGAUGCUACUUUUAACAAAGGUAUGUAUGUUCCCUCCAUUAGAGCCCUGUGAGGUAGGCCAGGCUCAGCGAUAGUGACUGGCUGAAGUUUGCCCACCUGAGUGUAGAUUUGAACCUGAGGACCCCCCCAGCCCUAGUCUGUCACUCUAAAGUACUCUGCCCUACUGGCUCUAUGCUGCAACAAAUUCUGACAGUUGCAUGAAAUGAAAAAACUGUUCCUUUUCUUGGUCUUUUACCUCUUGCACCUGCGUCCCUCCAGGUGUUUGUUGGACUCACAACUCCCAUCAGCUCCUGCUGGCAUGGCCAUUGAUCAGGGAUGAUCAAUUGAUUUAUUAAAAAAAAUACACUGUUUCUAAUAAAAAAAUAUUGGGGAGGAGCUUGCCUUAACAAUGGAAGAUGCAGUCCAACAUCUGGAGGGUGAUGGGUUCCCCAGACCCUGCCUUAGGCAGUGGGGAGAAACAACAUUGUACACUUUCAUAAUUUCAAAAAGAAACAUCAAAUUACAAAAACUGCACCGUUUAUUAAAACUCUGCUGUUUGUUCAGAGAUGGGGACUCUCUGGACCACCGGAUGUUGUUGGACUCCCACCAACCUCAGCUGACACGGGCGUUGCACAUGGGUUAUGGGAGUUGUAGUUCACCAAUAUCUGGAGGGCCACAGGGUUCCCUGUCACUGCCUUAGUUUAUGUUCCUGAAUCACAGAGGUGAUGGCUCUGCCUACCAUGGUGAGAAAAAUAAAUGUGCUAGGGCUGCGAGAAGCUGUUGUUUGGUCCUGUUAGCUUUGUGUUGAGGCAUUGAUUGAUUCCAUGUAUAUCCUACUGUUCCUGAUGAACCAUAAUAAGCCAGCAACCCUGGGUUAUUGUGAUGUAUGAACAUAGCUGCUGCUUUAGGUAGCUUGUCUAACACCACCAUCUACCCCAGGGAGCGGGAAGCCGGAUUUUGACCUGCAGGCCAAAUUUUUAUCUCACAUACCCUUCAUGGGCUGAAUCUGACAUCACAAUGACAUCAGGCGGUGAUCAAUGACCCCCAGGACAUCAAAGCACCGCAUGACACUUUUAAAGAGGCCUGCAUGCUGCUUUGAGGCGCUGCUGAUCAGCAGAUUUGGAAUCACUGCUUCACCAUUGAUGGGCCCUGACUUCAAGCCUGCGCUGUGCAGGGAUUGGCUGCACAAUUGAGUUUCCCACAGGGAGCUCAGUUGCCCAGCCAACUGACAUGUGUCUGUACCUACCUUGCAUCUGAUGAUGCAUUUGACAUCUGGCGUGGGGGGCGGGUGGGUGUGGUUUUGGGAAACUUGUCUUGUGAGACAAAUUUGGCCCAUGGUCCAAAGGUCCCCCCCCCCCCCCCAGUUUAUCCAGGUGGUGGCUGCUGCUGGGGAUCUUAUGCAUCUCUUCCUGGAGCUGCCAAGGCAUGAAGUCUGCAUGCAACUCCUUGGGCCAUGGGCUACUAUCCUAUGUAUCCUAUCUGAAACUCUUUUCACCAGCCCCACGUGUGCAGGUGGCGGUGUUGUAGUUAAUGCAGUGGUGAAGGCAGUUGCUAGCAUAUAAACUAAGCAACAGGCUCUGGGGCUCUCCUGCAAAGCACUAAGCAAUUUGGCAUGGUGCUGUUUUUUAGAAUUCAAGCCAAUGAGAAGGAUUUGUUUUGGGGAAAAGCAAAACUCCGUCAGGACAGGAAGUGCUUCAUCUUCUGGCCUCUCCAUGUCUCUGAGUCGCAGGGCAAGAUAACUGGGACCUGUUCCAAAAUGGGCAGGCCUAGCUACAGCAUAGCUCUGAAGGCCCAAAUGCCUACACCCUUAUUCCUGUGCCUCAAAAGAAAAGAAUGGGCAGAAUUUCUGGCUUAGUUUUCCUUGUGCACCUUGACAAGGCUAUGCCAGUGACCAGCCCUGACAAGCAGGCACACUGUGUCCCUCCAUUUGUUGCUGGACCAAAGCUCCCAGCAUCAUCUGUCGUUGCCCUUGCUGGCUGGGGCUGGUGUAGUGCAACAUCUGUGGGCACCAGGCUCUUUAUCUUUCCUCUAAGCCUGACCAUACCUUAUUUACACUGUUUGGAUAAAGUGGAUGGGAGCUACGAAACACAUUUGCCACUCUGAGCUCUUUGGGAUGAAAAUACAGGGGUACCUCCGGUUGCGGAUGGGAUCCGUUCCAGAGCUCCGGUUGGAUCCCGAGGUUUCCGCAACCGGAGGGACCGCUUCUGCGCCUGUGCGCAGUGCAGUAGAGCGCUUCUGCGCAUGCGGGCAUGGUGAAACACUUCCGGGUUUGCCGCUUUCACAACCCGAAGUUUACAUUACCCGAGGGUAACAUAAGCCGAGGUGCUGCUGUAAUGAUAUUGCUGGUGGUGAAGACAAAUACAAGCUCGUGGUUGUGGAGCUUGUACAGUUUGCAUUUCUGUGACCAGCAUGAAAUCAGAGCUUGCUUGCUUCCAUCUAGAAUUAGGUGUCAUUCAGUGUUAGAAGCUCAGAUAUCCAAUUGCCAAAUGGCACCUUAAACCUAGCUUACAGAAUGUCUAGGCACCAUUUCCCCCCCAUUGAUGGUGGUUGUUGUCCAUUUCAUUUCUGUACCACUUUAUAUUUUAAAGAACAAAUCUCAGUUUACAACACAUUAAGACAUCAAAUAAAACAAUGCAGAAUAAAACAAAUCCAAGCUUCAAGGGAAAUAUUUCAGAUCCUUCUCUAAGGGACAUUUUACUUUCCCUAGUCGCCAUCCUGGCAUCCAGAGAUCUCUACAUGGUCGCAAUUAGACCUGUGCCAGAUGCAAAACGCGCUGGCGCCUAGCUCAUUUUGAACACGGCGUCAUUGCAAAGGGGUAUGUGCAUAUGCUGGAGUUCAUUGGAAGCUCAUGGGAACAGCUUCUCUGAAAGACCCUCAGCCAGGGAAUUGGUUCAAAUCUGUGGCUCUUGCUUAGUGUGCAAGGGUAGUGGUGGGAGUGGGACAAAUCCCUACAUUCUCCAGCAGAACCUCUGUCCUCUACCUUUGGGGAUGGAAUGUAGGGCUCUGGCAGAGCACAUACUUUGCAUGAAAAAUGUCCCAAGUCUAGCCGCCCACCGACAUCUCAAGGCAGCAGGAUUAAGUAAAACAAACUCACAGCCAAUCUGUGUGGACAAUACUGAAGCAAAUGGAUCAGUGCUCUGAUAUGCUAUAAGGCAGCUUCCUAUGUUCCUGUUUGGGAAGAGCUGUUGCUCAGUGGUAGAGCAUGUGCUUUGCAUACAGAAGGUCAAUCUCCGGGAAUCACUGGCACCAUGCAGGGAUUACAUGGGGGGCGAACGAUGUGGAGAAGAAAGUUUUUGAAAAGCAUAAUUGCAGUGCAGAAGUCGAGCUACUCUGCGUGGCUUGAGAAUGUACGUAAUUGGUAAUUGGAUUCUGACUGUCUGGGUGUAGAGAUCCUGCUAAAGGUAUGUGGUGGAAACCCGGUCUCUCUCUUCUCCUUUUUUUACAAAUAGCGAUGUCCCAGAUGUGGUUUUUCUGGCUGUAAUCUGCAUUUGGUAGACAAAUAAAAUCUGACUGACAAUUUCAUAGAAUUGUAGAGUUGAAAGGGACCACGAGGGUCAUCUUUUGCAAUGCAUGAGUCUUUUGCCCAAUGUGGGGCUUGAACCCACAACCCUGAGAUUAAGAGUCUCGUGCUCUCUACCAGCUGAGAUAUGGACAAUAAUGGGGUGAGGGGGCUGCACCAUUGUGCCCACAAACAUGCUCCUCUCACAUCUGCAGAUUUGAUGUGCAUUAGAAGGAGUUCUAUGUAGUUGCACUGAUGCAUGUGUGGAGCUUCGUGUGGGAUGGGGCCCUGAUUGGGCAAGGCUCUCUCCUCAGGAGCUCUGCACACUCAAAGCAAAUCAGCACAUAUAUAGAAUGUGUGUGCAUCAGGUCUGUAUGUUAAAACUCAGUAAGAAAUGUUUUGGAGGGAAAUAUGUACUUAAUGUCAAAUGCAUGGAAUUGAGGGGGAGGGAUGGUGGGAGAGGGGCUAGCUCACAGGGCCCCCCCACAACCCCCCUCCGCACAUUCUUUGAAGUCUCCCUUGCGAGUCCAGAUUUGCAUAUAUGAGUUUGGCAAGGAACUUGUUCCAGGCCAUAAACCAGGAUUCUUAGGUAAUAGGAACAGGGAAGGUCCAUCUUUGCCUGUAACUGGGAAGAGCCAAUAGCCAGAUUGGCAGUACUGGUCUUUGUUGGGCAACGGUCCAUCUGGCUGCAAGGCAGCUCUUUAAGGAGGGCCUAUAUGGCAUGGGGAGAGCCUAGCCCUAGACCUAAAGUGGGUGGUGUGCCAGGAGAGGAUGGGAAGAUUCAAGGACAAUCAAAGAAACAUUUAAGCAUUUCAGUAUAAUAUAGUUUUUUGUUUUCCAGUGUAUUUCUUAUCAACAAAAAAAACCCCUGAUGUGCCUCAAGACAGCUUUUGCUCAAAAAAAGUUUGAGAACCACUUGCCUAGACUUUGCAUGUAGCUUCAGUCUCCUGGCGCUUGGCUCUCAGGUAGCAGAGCUAUUGAAUUACAGGAUGGAACCUGCUCCCACAAGUUGUGGCAAUGGCCACCCAGCUGGAUGGCUUUGUACGAGAAUUAGACAACAUGAACUUGGAGGAUAAAGGUAUCAUUGGCCACCAGCCACAAUGGCUGUGAUCUUUGCUGUUGGAGGCACUUGGCCUCUGGACACCAGUUGCUGGGAAUGGCAGGUGGGGAGAGCACUGUUGCAUUUGGGUCCUGCUUAUGGGUUUGCCAUCGUGGGGAUCCAGUAGGCCCCUGUGAGAACAGGAUGCUGGACUAGGUGGGCCCCCUUUGAACCUGGUCCAGUAGACGUUGAUAUGCACCACCGCCAGUCCCGAGACCCUGAAGAAGCUCUGUCAGUUAAGGUAGGAAAAUCCUGUGUGCUAACUCUCCAUUCUCCUUAAGUCCUUGCCUGCUCACCAUAGGUGAGAUGGAAGGGCAUGCAGAUGAGUGAGCUGGCUGGCAGAAGGUGGGAGAAGAGGCUGCUCCAUCCGUCUUCUGUACCUAUUAACUUCAUUAUGUUUGUAUCCCACUUUUCUUUAAGGAACUCAAGGUGGCAUACAUGCUUCUAAUUGCCCCCCCUUACCAUUUUAUACUCAACAGCCCUGUGAGGGAGGUUGGACAGAGAGAUAGUGACUGGCCCAAGGUUACCCAGAUUAGGCUUCAUGCCUGAGUGGGGAUUAGAACUCUGAUCUCCCAGGUCCUAGUCUGACAUUCUAACCACUACACCAGGGCAGUGGGAAUGCAGUGGACUGCUUCAGGAAGGACAGAGCUCUCAGUCUUUUUUUCUAUCUGCUCCCCAGCAGGCUAGUUUUGCAUUUAUUGCAAGGUAGCAGCUCAACAUAAAAAAACAAACUAAAAACAACUAAGUUCAUGGCCAGUGGUCCCAUCACCUCCUGGCAAAUAGAAGGGGAAGAAAUGGAGGCAGUGAGAGAUUUUACUUUUUGGGCUCCAUGAUCACUGCAGAUGGCAACAGCAGUCACGAAAUUAAAAGACGCCUGCUUCUUGGGAGAAAAGCAAUGACAAACCUAGAUAGCAUCUUGAAAAGCAGAGACAUCACCUUCCCGACAAAGGUCCAUAUAGUUAAAGCUAUGUUUUUCCCAGUAGUGAUGUAUGGAAGUGAGAGCUGGACCGUAAAGAAGGCUGAUCGCCGAAGAAUUGAUGCUUUUGAAUUAUGGUGCUGGAGGAGACUCUUGAGAGUCCCAUGGCAAGAAGAUCAAAUCUCUCCAUUCUUAAGGAAAUCAGCCCUGAGUGCUCACUGGAAGGACAGAUCCUCAAGCUGAGGCUUCACCUAAUGAGGCUCACCUCAUGAGAAGGGAAGACUCCCUGGAAAAGACCCUGAUGCUGGGAAAGAUUGAGGGCACAAGGAGAAGGGGACGACAGAGGAUGAGAUGGUUGGACAGUGUUCUCGAAGUUACCAGCAUGAGUUUGACCAAACUGCGGGAGGCAGUGGAAGACAGGAGCGCCUGGCGUGCUCUGGUCCAUGGGGUCACGAAGAGUCGGACACGACUAAAUGACUAAACAAUAAGCAGCAGCUUUUUUGGGUAGACUGACUUGGGUCCGCUAUCUCUUUCUCCUUUCUGAUAAAUGACACAAUAACUCCUUGCAGAUCAUAGAAACUGUUUGCAAAGUGGUAGUCAGUGGAGACCCUCUGAGCAUGUGCAGUGAAAGCCCAUCAGUAGGACUUCCAGAUCAGAGUAUGGAUCAUGAGGUAGAUUUGAAUCCUGGCACCUUCUAUUUCCUUACCUAAAAAAAAAGUUUAGUCACUCUUUCUCCAUGUACACUCAUUUACACACACCUGCAUGCACCUUUCUUUUAAAAAAAAGAGAAUAAUGUAGAAUUACGGCGUUUCUACAAUUCAUUUGCAUUCCAUAUCCCUUAGGCAAGAAAUAACCUUGGUUAUUCUCCCUUCUUUUCCCUUUUCUCUUAUAAGAUCGAGCCCGGUCCCCGUUUCUUAAAGCUUGUGUUUUCUGUCAGCGUUUGGGUAUCUGGAAAUGUGUCUCUCUCAAACUUCCUCUUUUUGGGGCCCGAAACAAAGAACAUUAUGUGUCUGUUUUUGAAACUCAAUUUUCCUUGGGGCGGGGGGCUGUCUCAGCUUCUGCAUUGUGUGUUAUGCCUGUGUGUUGUUGUUCAGUUUUGUUUUCCUAAGGGGAAACUGUGUAAGGUCUCAUUCAGCAGAAACCCCAACUGUGUGUUUUGUGGCACCUUAAAAAAGACUGAAGCAGAUUUGCUGUGGCAUCAGGUGGUGCAAGAGCCAGUGUGGUUAGGAGUGUCUGACCAGGGCUGGGGAGGGUAGGUUCAGAAGCCAUGGGUUGGCUCCGCUACCAAUCUUAUGCAGACGAGAUCCAUUGAAGUCAAUAGAUGUGACUAGCAUAGGCUCAUUGCAUUGGGUCUAUGCUGAGUAGAACUUAGUUGGAUUCAACCCCAUGUAGCCAUGAAGCUCUCCUGCUGGGUGACUUAGUGUGUGUGUGUGUGUGUGUGUGUGUGUGUGUGUAAGAACCUUUUUCACCCCAAGGGUUUAUUCCUUUCUGGAUAACUUUCCUGGGGCCACACACAGUGUUUGAAAUUAGCGGGUGCAUUUUGCACCUGACUAUCAGCCACUUAGGGAUGCGGGUGGCGCUGUGGGUUAAACCACAGAGCCUAGGGCUUGCCGAUCAGAAAGUCGGUGGUUUGAAUCCCCAUGACGGGGUGAGCUCCCUUUGCUUGGUCCCUGCUCCUGCCAACCUAGCAGUUCGAAAGCACGUCAAAGUGCAAGUAGAUAAAUAGGUACCGCUCCAGCGGGAAGGUAAAUGGCGUUUCUGUGCGCUGCUCUGGUUCGCCAGAAGCGGCUUAGUCAUGCUGGCCACAUGACCCAGAAGCUGUACGCCGGCUCCCUCAGCCAAUAAAGCGAGAUGAGCACCGUAACCCCAGUCGGCCAUGACUGGACCUAAUGGUCAGGGGUUCCUUUACCUUUUUAUCAGCCACUUGUGACCAAGUGGAGAUGGCUGGGCGCCAGGCUGGUUGGUGCCUGACAUCUCCACCCUCUGGACGUGCAUGUUUAGGGAUCCUUGGAUCUUGACUGCUUUCACAGCACCAGCAACACAUCCUGUAGAACUCUAUCCAUUAUAGUUUAGCUGCACAAUCAGAUAAAAUCAGGAACCAAAAUGCCUUUUUCUGUGCAGCCUGAGCAGGAGCAGUGAACAACGUUGUAGUUCAUUGUUGUAGCUUGUCUUCACUUACCCCACCCCACUGCCCUGCUCGCAAUUUCGAAGAGUAUUCUUAUGUUAUGAAUGGUCCACGUCACCAUUAAGAAAAAUAGAUAUGUGCACUGUCCCUGGAUCAAGUGACUUUCAGUGGGUACAACCCAUAGCGGUUCAGUGCUGGAAGCCGGUUUUGGACUACAAUUCCCAUCAUCCCUGACUACUGGUCCUGCUAGCUAGGGAAGAUGGGAGUUGUAGUCCAACAACACCAGGAGUCCCAAGUUUGGGGAAACCCUGGUCUGAAGGCACAUGAGGCUGUACCACUUUGCUGAAGCUAAGCAGGUAUGGGUCUAGUCUGCACUUGGGUUUUCAACUGUUUGGAAACCCCAUUUGUGCUUCGCUCUGAGUUGCACGAUGGGAGAAAGUUGCCUGGCAUGCAGUGAUGGGUUACAUUCCUUGUCCUUAUUUGAACUGGCGACGUAUCAGCAUGAGAACAAAGAAGAAAUACCAGACCAUUCAGUCACGUUCUCUUGAGACUUGCACAGCUCAGAUUUGUAUUUCCAAUUUAUAUGGUCAGAAAUAGACCUAAACCCAGGCUCCCCCUUCCCUUUUUAACUUUUCCCUAUUUUUCUUUAUGUUGCUUUGGUUGCGUUAUCUUUCGUAAAGUGACAAAUGUGGCGAAUUCAUGGAGGAUAAGACUGUCAGCGGCUACUAGCCAAAAUGACCAUGUUCUGCCUCCAUGUGGAAGGCAGUACUCCUCUGAGUAAGACUGAGUGGAAACGCAAGUGGGGAGAGCGGCUAUUGCCCCCAGGUCUUCUUGGUGGGCCUCUGAGCCUGGUCCAGCAGUGCCCUCUUUUUAUGAUCGGAAACCAAGGAAAUAGAACAAAAUGUAACUGCAAGAAAUGUAUUUUGAAUAUUCAGGAACUAUGCUCUACAUGUUCCGUUUGGAUUGUUGAUAUAAACAUCUACACCAUAUAUCUUAAGCACGUGACUUCUCCCAAAGAAUCCUGGGAAUUGUAGUUUAGCCUCACACCCAACACCCGUAACAGACUACAGUUCCCAGGAAGCCAUGUGCUUUAAACGUAGGGUUUCAGGUGGGUUUCAGGUUGAGAGAAAGAGAGAGACUUGACUUGCCCUCACCAAUCCAGAGGCUCACAGCUGGGCAGGGCAACUGCAUUUGGAUUUUCUAUGCUUAAAGCCCCAGCUGCCUUGCUCUGUAGUUCUGCACACUUGUGCGUCAAUCAGUAUAGCUGAGAUUGUGUUUAAAAAGAGAGAUAAAUUAAUGUUCUAUGUCUAGGUUUUAUUUAAACUUUGCACCCGGUAGAGCCAGUUUUUCCAGCUGCAACAAAACAUUGCAAAGGUGUGCAUGAGAGCUUAGUUUAGCACCCUUAAUUUUUACCAUUUUGCUAGACACAGGCUGGUAGUUUUAUCUGGCCGCCUUGCUGUCACCUGAGACAUUGGCAGCCAUUGCCCAGCCUCUUCCAAGCCUGCCUUUGAAGCCAUAAGAACUAGAAACUUGUGUGUGCAUGCAUUUUCUCUCUCUCUCUUUAAAUCCAGGAAGCUUAGUUCAGCACCCUUUUACCACCUUCAGAGCGUUUUUUUUCUGUGCUGCAGGGUAACCACAGCCUCUGGUAGGGCAGUCCAGCCUUUUGAUCUUUUUCUUCUUGGCGUUACUUAACAUUAGCAGUUUUAGCUUCCGUUUCACAUAGGGGAGGCCCACAUAUGUAUCCUGGCCUCUGGUUGUUGUGUGCGUGCAAGCGAGCCUGCAGUUCCAUGACACACAGGCCUGCCUCCCACCUUUUUCUCUUUUCUUUCUAUCGCUCUCUGCUGGUGGCUGCGAUGGACCAUUGGGGAGGAAGUCUUUAUUCCAGAAGAAAGAAAGAGAAAAAGCAUGCUUGAAAGUCUUCCACCUAUUAGGCCGGACCUCCUGACAUGCCCUAAACAAAAAGGGGUGGGGAAACCUCUCUGGCCUGGAGGCUGAAUGUGGUUCAGCAUGCCUCCCUUCUGGGCUUGAGACUCUUCCCCAGCCUGUGGCCUUCACUUGCCCUGGUCUUUGCCCUCCUCCAGAACUUGUGUCUGUUUGAAAUGUGUCCUAGACCUGUGUCUUGCUUGCCUGGGUGGAGAGAAGUGUGGGUGCUGACCUCUCGGCUUUGGCGUGGCUGGAAUAUAGCUGGAAUUGUGCCUUCCAUAUAUAUUUCUCUGCCCGCCACUGGGAUGUGGCCCCUGGAAGGCUGCUUGCAAGGGAAUUUGGCCCUUGGGCUGUAGAGGUUUUCCCUGCCCUAGGAGUUUUGGGGCUCUGGCAGGGUGGGCUCUGGAAAGGGACCCCUCAGUUAAACCCAACUCCAUAAAUACUAAGCACAAGGUGUUCCAGAUUUACUUUGCCAAAGUACAGAAGGUACAGGCUUUAAUCAGACCUUGUGAAAUAAACAUAAGAACUCUUUUUUUCAUCUUGAAGAGCAGGAGAAAAACACUUAAAAGUGGUGGCUUGGUAGCUGUUCGUUGGAACUCACAGGGGAGAUUUUUAGUGAGAAAUUGCAGAGAAACAGCUUGUUAACACAGCCAGCUGUUGCUAUGUUGUACAGAAGUUUCUUUUGGAAAACUGGGAAAGAUUAGACGAAACUGAUCCCUCAUUCAGACAUCUCAAAAAAAGUUGCUGCGACUUAACUCGUUCCAUUUGUACCUGUUUGAGUGGAGCCGUGGGUUUCUGAGUAUGUGCAGAGUUCCUUGCAGAAAGGAGGUUCUGGAAGGGGGGUAUAAGGCAGGAAUGGGAGAGCCUGUGGCCUUCUGGAUGUUGUUGUACUCCCAAGUCCCAUCAGCCCCAGCUAGCACGGCCAGUGAUCAUAGGAAUUGUAGUCUACCAACAACUUCCACCCCCAUUGUAAGUCCUUGCAGGGCCUUGAGUCACCUGAUUUGAAUGGCUCCAAUGGUGUUUCACAUACUUAUAUGAAUUUGUGAUCAGUAAAAGCCUGCCUCCUUCCUUGGAGAAGAGUGUGGUAUCAACCAGUGACAAAAUCUGUGAAAUUAAAUAUUGUAAGGAGCCAAUCAGAAAUUUACUUAAAAGUAAUCUAACCUAGAGGGUUCCCUUCUAAAUGGUUCUGAACAUAUACUACAGAAUAACAAGCCACUUCAGACCAGUUGGCCUAUUGUAAAAAGAGAGAGGAUUAAACUAGAUUAGACAUAAAAACCUAAGGUAUCUGUUCUCUGUCUUGGAAGCUUUGUGUGGAAGUUCCAGCUCCCAAACACGCUUUUGUGAUCUUCAGCCAGUCCAGACUAGAGACCCAUUUCUGACUGCCAACCAGACCAUCUUUCACAUUUUCACUUUUGAUUUAAACUUAAUAGUACCAGGCAGUGUCUUGCCACACUGAGGUAUUGGCAUGCUAACAAGUGAAGCUGUUUUCCAAGUAUUGUUAGUCAGACUUCGGAACACUUUUAAUAGUUGUAUCCUCUUUUGAUUUCUGGGGGUUUUCUCUUCAGUGAAGGCUAUGGUAGACAUUAAGCAAGAGGGCAAGUCAUGCUCAGUUCUUUUUUAAAUAAAUUUUAUUAAAAGAUUUUCCUGGUUUACAGAAGUACAUGCAUUGUCUUUUUUUCAGGUUGUAGAGUCUCUUUGUUACAGAUCAGUUACAUUUGAUAUGAGACGUUAGUUUUGUAUGCGGUAUAAGGUUGGGGAAGGGGGGUGAAACAUUCUUUUACAUUGUGUACGUGUGGGGUUUUGUGUCAGCAUCAACUGGGUAGGUUCUCUUCCUAUUCGCUUAUUACAUUUCCUCAGUAGUGAAGUCAUGCUCACUUUUACAAUGGUUGCGUUUUCUUAAUCAGAAAGCCUUUCUGUCACUUUCUCGCUUUCCAUAACUUUCACCACCUCCUUUCUCAUUUCUUCUCUAUUUAGCUACUUCUACUUUUUCUCCUGCGUCGCUAGUCUUGCCUUCCCCCCCUCUCAGUUUCCACCUUCUCUUUGCUCUCACCUUCUUUCGCCAUCUUUUCUAUCACCAGGUAUCUUCCUGUUGCCUCUUUCUCUCUUGCCCAUCCCUUCUUCCACAUUCUCCUUACCUUCUCAAAACACUUUUUGCCCUUUAUUUUUCUUGCCUUUUUCUACUUCCUUUCACCUGUGGGUAUUCCUGUCUCUCUUCUCCCUUUCCUUUCUACUCUGCUUACUUUCCUCCCCCGUGUCACCUUCUCUGCCAGUUCAGUUUACCACUCUGUGGACUCUUGCCCCCCCCCCCCAUGUGAACUUUCCGGAUGAAUAGGAUUUCUGGGAAAGGUUCAUUACCCUCAGAAUACAGGUGGCAGCUGUACUUUGUUUCCCCUAUCGGAUGAUGGGAAAAUUCCUCAGAUUCUCACAUACAGUGGUGCCUCGCAAGACGAAAUUAAUCUGUUCCACGAGUCUCUUCGUCUUGCGGUUUUUUCGUCUUGCGAAGCACGGCUAUUAGCGGCUAUUAGCGGCUUAGCGGCUAUUAACAGCUUAGCGGCUUAGCGGCUAUUAACGGCUUAGCGGAUUAGCAGCUUUAAGAAAAAGGAAACAAACUCGCAAGAACUCGCAAGAUGUUUCUUGCGAAGCAAGCCCAUAGGGAAAUUCGUCUUGCGGAACGACUCAAAAAACGGAAAACUCUUUCGCAUAGCGAGUUUUUCGUCUUGCAAGGCAUUCGUCUUGCGGGGCACCACUGUACGUGUGUGUGUGUGUGUGUGUGUGUGUGUGUGUGUGUUGGGGGAACCACAAUUGUGGGAGAGUUAAUUCCCCCCUCCCCAGACUAAAAUUAGGUUUGGGGAGAAUCUGUUGACUACAACGCGGUUGCCAGUGUGGUGUCAGGUGGCGCCCUUUCAGUCUUUCUCCUGGUGCUCCAAAGCCUCUGAGCAUGUGCACGGACACACACAUGGUAUUGUUGACCCUUGGCCAUAAGGUAGCGAGCACAGUUACUUUUUAAAGGGGUAAAAAAGGUCCACAGGCCUUAAGCAGGAAGCUGGAAAAGUGACUCUUCCUCACUUCCUCUUUCAGCUCUGUGUGCUUUUCGAGGUUCAGUGUAAGUCAGCCGGAUCCAACUUUUACCCUGAUCUCUUGGAAGCAUGAAGUGCACGCGUAUCUUUUCUUUCCCGUGUUUCGGGAGAAGAGACGCAAAGGGGGUAGCAGCACCCACAGCGCUCGCUUGAUAAUCAGAGUGCGCCGACACGGCCUGAAAAAGUUGGCUGCCAGUCAGAGGGUUCCUUUCAAGCCUCAUUGCAAACAGGGAAUAAAUGGGAGGCCUCUGUGAUCAUUUGGAGAGUGGAGGAGAAGCAUCCUUAUAUCCUAAUGCCUGCUGGGGAGGUGGACACUGAGCUGAUCCUGUUAAGCAAGAGUGCAGGCUUGGGAUCAUUUCCUUAACUGCAUAGUGUCAAGUGAUCAUGAGCAACACACCUUUUGCUUGGCAGACCGCAGCGGUUGAAGUAAUGGCUGAAGUCUUUACAAGGCUAAUGCUGGGUGGUCAAGCUGUGUGGAGUUGCUGCCUAUGUAUGGAUUAGGUAUUGAGUAAGACAUGGCAUUCAGUUGCUGGUGGAGGGGGGGGGGACUGUAGCUCAGUGGCAGAGCACCUGAACGUCCCUGGUUGAACCUCUAGCAUCUCCAAGUACAGCUGACAGGUUCCUGUCUGAAACCCUAGUGGAGAGCCCCUGCUGGUGCAGAUGCCAUUAUUUUUGCCAUCAUAAUAUUAUCUUUAUCAUUAUCAUCAUGACUGGAAUUCAUAUCCUUCCUUCUCCACAAGGCUCCAGGGAAGGUCACAACAACAUGCAAAUACAAUUUACAAAUGGAAGAACCGGGUGGGUCCUAAAACAUACCUCUAAUAUCAAAGGCCAGGUUAAAGAGUUGUGUCUUCAGCAGGUAACAGCAGCAAUACAGUGAAGGUGCCAGGUGUGCUUCCCUGGGGAGGGAAUUCUCCAGCUUUAGGGCUGCUGAUGGCCCAGUCAUCUGACUCUUUAUAAGCAGUUUCCUAGGUUCGUGCUUUCCACAGUUAUUCAUGCUGGUGUUUUGUUUUCUUUCCUUCCUCCAGAUCUCCUGCCAUUGUUGUUGCAACAUAACUGGGGUCUUCCAGGUAAGUGGCAUGUCUUGGUUUCGUGUUGUUGUCAUACAUAUCACAAAUGACAGUAUUUCCUGGGAAGUUUUGAAUUGGGGAAGGGGGAGGAUAGUGGCCCCCAAUUUUCCACUUCCUUAAUGGAAGGAGAUGGGAUUUAAGCUUUUCUUAGAACUUAUUAUUCGUUUCAGAAUAACACAACCUGAUAGAUACCACGCACUUUGCUUAUGUUAUUUAUUUUAUUUAAAAGCAUUUAUAAACUUAAUAAAGAUCUAAGUCGUGGUGUUGUUUUUGUUUAAGAAAAAAUAGAAGCCCCGUGGCACUGAAUUUACAAAUGUUUAUAACCUUUAUGUUAUUCCUAAAACAAAAAAGGACCCUAAUUUACAGUGAUUUUAGAUUUUAUUAGUAUUGUAUUGGUAUCUUUUGAAGCAUUUUGUAAAUAUGUUCACUACUUGUGGUUUUAUGUUUCACCUCAGGGAGUUUUAUUUCUGCAAGCAAGAGCAGAAAUAGUGUUCCCAUUGCAGUGGUUUCGAACACUAGUUUCAGAACUGCAUUGGCCCCCGAGGGCUGCUUUGAAGGAAUCCCACAUGAAGGCAUGACUUAAGCAAAAAAUAUUCAGUAACAUGCUUUCCCAGACUUUUCACCAUUUCUUUGUCUGUUAAAAUACCAGUGUCGGGCCACCUGUUGCAAGACUUCUUAGACAAACUCAAAAAAGUCAGUUCAGAAAAAAACAGAGGCAUGUUCUGAAACACUGAGAUUUCCUAUAUCACUCAUUUGAAGUGGUAAAGGGGCUGUCAUAAAAAAAUAUAAUAAAUGCAGGAGUAGGAUUUAUGGUAGUGAGAAAGGAAAAAUCUUUAAUUGCUGGGUGCUGUUGGUACCAGAAAUUCAGCGAUCCAGCUUUACGCAGUAAUAUAUUUACUCUCCAAGAAUCGGAGGAUACAGUAUUUGUGAAUUUCCUCUACUAUGAGCUACAUCUUUUUGUCCAGGAUCCUAUUCUGGGGUUCAGGAUCCUGUCCUGGACACUGUACUGCUCCUGAAGCCAUGCACACUUUUGGUAUAUUAUUUUUAGUGUUCUAAGAGAUGGUCCCUCUGUUUCUUUUACUGCAUCCCUUACAUCUGGCUGCUGUGGAGACAAAAGCUUUUCUGGCUGUAAAAGAUGCCGAGUCAGGAGUUAAAAGUUUUUCUGGGUAGAGAGAUAGUGAUUGGCUGGGGCGGGGAGUAGUUGUUGGGCAUGUAUAAUUGGUGGUGGUGGAGCUUCUCACAUGGGUUGGCUGAGCUGCCUUGUAAUGUUGUGGAAUGUUGCUCCAGCAGGGCAGGGAACAACUGUUGGAAUGCUUGCAGUCGCUGUCUGGCUUCUGUGACGGAAGGGGCAAUGGUCAAGAGACAGACAAACAUGUAAACCUCACCUGGGGUGACUAGAAGAGCAGAAAUAAGUUGUGGGCCAAGCUAAGGAGAGCAGGGGCUUAUUGGAUUUUGAAUAAAUCAGUUUCUGAUUUCUAAGUCCUAAUUCACAUCUUGGCUGGGAGGUUCUGUGACUGGAGCAGAGAGAAAUGACUUGUAGUCCUUGUUUCCUGGCUUCACAGUGUCGGUGGAGGGUGAGGUCAUUGAUUUCUGGUGGAUGUGGAUCCUGCUGUACUGCCUCUCCCUGUUGUGGGGAUUUCCCCUGUCUUGGGAGAGUUCUCUAGCUUCUCAGGUUGAUCCGCCCUGCAUUUUAAUUCUUUUUUAAUAGCCCGGGCGAAGGAGUCUGGCGCAGGUAACACAGGGGUUACUGAUUCUGCCAAGCAAAACAGAUGGGUCAGGCCACAGUUUUGGAGGGGUGGGGCCUCUGUCCCUGCACAGUGGAAAAGGCAGUUACCAUCUGCUGCCAAGCUUGGCUGGACUUCGCUUGUGCCUGUGACUUAAUCUAGUAGAAAAAGAAAAAUUCCUGUAUUGCUUCAAAGCUUGGAUCGGGAAAUCCCCAAGUUUGGGAGGGGGGAAGUUGACUCCCAGAGGAAACAGUGUGAGAGCACAGGACAGAGUGAAAACAGGGCCCCUUUUGACAAGGGGGGGGGAGCAGGAGGGGACACACAUAGGCCUGCCUGUGUGACUUUGGGAACAUUCCUUUCUCUGUCCAGACAGAAAGUUGGCAGGCAGUUCUUAAUUUUCAGGGAAAGUACCUUUGGUUGUUGCUGCAAAUCCCAGCAAGGGACAACUGCAUUUAGGGGGAUUGGAAUAAGGUGGAGAGGCUGUUUCUUCUUUCUCUCUUAAAUGAAAAGUAUUGAGAGUCAGCCGUUCGCAAGGUGUGAUGUGUGCCUAGGGGCACCUUGCCCACCACCAAGAGGGCUCGGGCUUCUGAUAACACUCGCAUUCAUUUAAAAACCACUGUAUGAAAUGCCUCAAAGCAAUUUGUUAUUAACGAUAUUUUUAUAAAAAAUCAUAUAUGAAACGAUUCCAAAUCCACAUUCGAGGGGCGGGGAGCACAAAAGGCUCGUUGAAAAAGGUGGCGUCAAAAAUACAGUGGUACCUUGGGUUAAGUACUUAAUUCGUUCCGGAGGUCUGUUCUUAACCUGAAACUGUUCUUAACGUGAAGCCGCCAGAGCACAAUUUCUGUUCUCAUCCUGAAGCAAAGUUCUUAACCCGAGGUACUAUUUCUGGGUUAGCAGAGUCUGUAACCUGAAGCGUAUGUAACCUGUUACCGCUGUAUGUAUUUAUCAUGAGCUUCUCUCCCAAAAGCCAUGCCCCUCCGCUCAAAUGUUGGAUCUAGUUGGGGGAAAGAAAGUCUGUAUGCACUGACACAGCUGUUUAGAGCUGACAGCUAGCACUGGGGUUUGGCUUGGAUUAAAGCCCCAUCUCAGCGCUAUACAUUCAUUACUUAUUUAACUCAUAUUCAUUGCAUUUAUAUAUCUCCUUUUCUUCAAGGGGGUGUACGUGGUUCUCCCCGUCAUUUAAUCCUCACAACAGCCCGGUGUGGCAGGUUAGGUACACAGUCAUGGCUUUCCCACCCACACCCCGAGAAUCCUGGGAACUGUAGGUGGUGGUUUUUUCAAGGGUGCUGAGGGUUCUUAGGAGACCCCUGUUUCUCCUCACAGAGCCUCAAUUCUCUGAAUUCCAAGUGAAGAGGGGUUGACUGUCGAGCCAUGCUGGGAACUGAACCUCUGGGAGGGAAAUAGGGGUCUCCCCACAGCUCGUAUCCCUCUUAACAAACUACAGUUCCCAGGAUUCUUUGGGGGAAGCUGUGUGUGCUUAAAGUGGUAUGGUGCUGCUUUAAAUGUGUAGUGCAGAUGAGGGAUAAACCGGAGAUGGGGAAGUCGUUGCUCUCCAGAUGUUCCUGGACUAAGGUUCCCAUUUCCCCUGACCAUUGGGCAUGCUGGCCAAGGCUGAUAAGAGCUGGAGCCCAGCAAUGCUGGAAAGCCACAGGUUCCCCAUCCUUGCUUCAGACCAUAUUCUGGGGGUCCCAGCACCAUCUCCCCAUUGCGGGAUUAAAGCCUGGCACCAAAGAGAAAUUGAAUUAACUUGGGAGAGAAGCCUGUCAUUUUCAUUUUAGGAAUGGGGUGGCUUUCAUUAAUAGCUCAUUUUUUAUUUAGCAAGGUUUCUGUAAUAGGAUAAAAACAGUAGGCGUAAUGCAGUUCUCAAAAUACAGAUAAAAUCAACAGGUGUGAGAGCAAAUAAACUAACAGUGAUAAAAUUGCAUGUCUUAGCAGGCUGUGCUACACAGCAAAAACAAUUUUAGCCGGUGUUGAAAGCAGUGCAAUGCAGGUGCCUGACUAACAUUAGUAUUAUUUGCUAUUGAUGAGGUGAUUAUCACUGAAAGAAUCGAAGCACUUGGAUUUGUUGGUGUGAGCUCACACCUCCAGAGUUGGUGAGAAUCUAUGUAUAGGGCAUUGUAUUUUAUUAUUAUUUUUUGUAUGUACCUUACCUGUUAGUUAGUGUUUCCCUGUUUUGUGUUUGUAAUGCUUGCCCUUGAAAAUAAUAAAAAUUUCUACAUACACACACACACACAGAGAGAGAGAGAGAGAGAGAGAGAGAGAGAGAGAGAAGCAUUUAUCAACUGCAGCCUGGCUUGUUUCAAAAACACACAAUAGCCAAGUGUUUCUGGCUUCUGUAGGGGGGUGUCUCUUGAUUCUCUUGAUCUCUCCACCUGAGAGUCCUGUUUUAAUUGCUGUUUCUGUGGGAUUGAUUCAUUGUGUAUUUUAAUCAUGGAUGCUUUUCAUGUUUUAGUGGGGGUGCGUUCACAUUUUCAUGUCUGCACACCUGUUUUUUAUGCUCUGAAAACCACUUUGAAUCCUGUUUUCGCAUUGAGUGGUGUAUAAAUAAAAAACGACAACAAUUGGUAGGAUUUACUAACAGUUUAUAUAAUACUAAUAUAGGUGUAUCUUUUGUCUCCCUCCAGACCCUCCCGCAAGCAGCACUCCUGUCGUGGAGAUAAUUGAACAGCCCAAGCAGCGCGGCAUGCGUUUCCGCUAUCAGUGCGAAGGGCGGUUGGCUGGCUCCAUUCCCGGGGAACGCAGCACAGACACCACCAAGACCCACCCCACCAUCAAGGUCAGCCCCACAGCACUUGGGAGUGGGGUGGGGGGUUCUUCUAGAAAUAAGUGUUACUUAGAAGUCUUUGGGGGGUUGAGGGAUUGAAGCAGGGCUUGUAUGUGUGGCCAUGGGAGUGUGAAUUUCAGAAUAAAAGGCAUCGUUUUAAGGAUACAGUCAUACCUAGGAUUACAGACGCUUCAGAUUGCAUUUUUUCGGCUUACGGACCCGCUGAAACCCGAAAGUACCAGAAUGGGUUACUUCCGGGUUUCUGCGGUCGCGCAAGCGCAGAAGCACUAAAUUGCAACCCGCGCGUGCGCAGACGCGCUGCUGCAGGUUGCAAACGCUGCGGGUUGCGAACAUGCGUCCCACACAGAUCACGUUCGCAACCCGAGCAUCCACUGUACUUUAAUUGCCCUUUGCGGAGGUGAAGCCCCUGACACCGACUGGUGUGCUGGCAUGGAAUGAUCAUAAACAUUCCAGGCUCUUGGUGAAGAAAGAGGUCAUGUGUCAUUCUGUGGGAGGGUAGGACUCAUACCAACGGCUUGCAAGUUUCAAGAAUGGAGAUUCCAACUAACCGUCAGGAAGAACUUUCUGACAGUAAGAUCUGUAUGGACAAUGGAAUGGACUCCCUCUGGGAGUUGUGGACUCUCCUUCAUUGGAGGUUUUUGAGUGGAGGUUGGAUGGCCAUCUGUCACAUAUGGUCUAGUUCAGAUUCCUGCAUUACAGGGGGCUGGACUGGAUGACCCUCAGGGGUCCUUUCCAACUCUACAAUUCUGUGGUUCUAUGACUCUUGGGGGUUUCAGGCAGCCCUACCUGGAGAUGCCAGUGGGGAUUGAAUCAUGCAAGGCAGUUGCUGUACCUGCCACUGAGCUACAUAUCCCCAUUUCUGCAGUGCAGGGAAGGCCGUACGACCCUACUCUGCAAGGUUACUGUGAACACUGGACUUAAGAGAUGCUGAAGCAGCAGCAGCUCUCCAGGGUUUCAGGGGCACAAGGUGUCUCUCCCAGUCCUUCCUGGAGAUGCCAUUGGGGAUGGAGCCAAGGGCCUCCCACAUGCCAAGCAGAUGCUCUGCCUCUGAGCUGCAGCCUUUGCCACACAUCAGCUCCCCGCCUUUUGCUUUCAGAUCCACAACUAUACAGGCCCAGGCAAGGUCCGCAUUUCGCUGGUCACCAAGGAGGUCCCCUACCGGCCCCACCCACACGACUUGGUGGGGAAGGACUGCAAAGAAGGCUAUUAUGAAGCAGAGCUGUCUCCAGAGCGCUCCAUCCACAGGUGAGCGGAUGUGGGAAGGGGAGAGAGCUGGGUAUCUGCCCCCCCCCGGUCUUUUUCUCUGGCCAUUUGGGAGGAUGAUUUGGGGGUGGGUGUUUAUUUAUUUGCAUCAACCGCUAGCCAUUGCUGUCUGCAAACAAAAGUGCAAACAUAAGCACAACUUGAGGGAUGAAGCUGCCAAACUAAAUGAACAACUGCAGUGUCUCAGAGAGCAUAUCUUUGCCCAGCCCUACGCAAAGAUGCCUUUGGGGUUGAACCUGGGGCCUUCUGUGUGCAAAGCAGGUGUGCUCACUGCUGAGCUACUGCCCUUCCGCGACCACUGCAGCUGCAAAGUCCAAAAUAAAAAACUACGCAGGUUAAAACCCAAGAGGAGGUAGUUGUGGGCCAUGUUUUGACGGUGGCUGCUUGAAGCUCUGCAGGUUUCACUGUCGGCCAUUUAACCUUGAUCUGCGAGGAGAAAAGUUAGCGUGAAAAGCAGCCGGGCGGCCCAGUGCGAGUGGGGCGCUUGGCUCUUUACACGGGAGUCUGUACAAAGAAUAAAGCAAGCUUAGAUGGGCCAAUGUUAAGAGCAUCACCAUCUCCACGUGAAGGUGGAUGAUUUGGGGAUCUUCCUCGCUGGUGUUUGGGGAAGCAGCCGUGCUUCUCACCCGAUGCCUUUCACCUCCUUGUGCCUCCCUCUCCCCCUCCCUCCAAGCUGCACACUGACCCCUGCCUGCUCCAUGUGCUCCUUCCCAGCUUCCAGAACUUGGGAAUCCAAUGCGUGCGGAAACGAGACCUGGACAAGGCCGUGGCCAAGCGGAUCGAAACCAACAACAACCCGUUCAAUGGUGAGGAGCGCUGUCGGCCGUGACAGUGGUCAAGGGCUUUGUGGGGGGCAGGGGUCUGUUGUUGGAACGUGAGAAGCUGUCUUGGACUAGCUCAGACUAUUUCUCCCACCUAGCUGUGCAUGUGAUGACCAGCAAUGCUGCUUUGGAGUCUCCAGCAGAGAAGGGCCUUUUUUGCAACCUGCUGUCUCAGAGAUGCUGCAAUGCCAAGCCCGGGGAUGAAAUGCGGCCCCCCAGGCCUCCUUGUUUGGCUCUUGGGGCUCUCCCUAGACCAUGCCCCUCACUCACCCUGAUUCACACCGUUCUAGACCAGCUAGAAUGUGCCCUUGAACUUUGAUAAUGCCUCUUGCCAGGAUGGAGAGGGGUGUGCAGGUGUGCCUAGAAACUAGCCUUCUGUAGAAAUCUAAAAUUCACACCUGAUGUUCUGCCCACUCUUUUGCUUCUGGCCCUGACAGUCCCUGGCAUGUGGCCCCCAGAAGAUUGCCCAGGAGGGAAUCUGGCCCUCCGGCUGAAAAGGGUUUCCUAUCCCUGUAAAAGCAGCAGCUAAGCCCAACCAUCGUCAGACAUACCAGGGUGCCCUCCAGGCUCAGAUUUGCAUUCAUUGCUCUGUCUGCUACUGGCAUGCGGUCCCUGAAAUGUUGCGCAGGAGGGAAUCUGCACCACAAGCUGAAAACAGUUGACCCACCCCUGUGCUGCCUCAUUCUCUUUAAUUGUCAUUUCCAGGGGUUGAACCAUCUAGAUGCAGGUGCACAGUUUUUACUUCCCUUUUCUAGACUUAACUGUAUUGUUUAUAUUUCUUGCUUUCUCUCUCCCUCCCCGCCUGCCCCUGAUUCCAGUGUCCAUGGAAGAGCUAAAAGGAGACUAUGACCUGAACGCGGUUCGGCUCUGUUUCCAGGUGUGGAUUCAGGAUGCAGGCAGUGGGCGCUUGGUCCAGCUGCCCCUGGCAAUCUCACAGCCCAUCUAUGACAAUCGUGAGUGCUAACGGGGGGUGGCUCUGAUGCACACCGCUACCUUUAUUAGAGAGGGAGGGACCAACCAGGGAUGGACAGUGGAGCAGACCCAACACUGAUCAUUCAUUGGUUUUUGAUUUUCGCAUCCUGCUCUAUCUGAGGGUCCCAGAGCAACUUAACAGCAGCUUCUUCAUCCAACAAGUAAAUAAUUCUAUCCCUGAGGAAAUGGAAUGGAUGCAGAUCAGAGUUAGGUGCACUAACUACUUGAUUGAAAUUAAUAGGGCUUCCGUUAAAUCAUGAUUUGGAAACCCUGGAGAGCUGCUGCCAGUCAGUGCAGGCAGUUCUGAGCUUGAUGGACCAAUGGUCUGACCAGUAUAAGGCAGCUUCAGAUGUCCCUUUUCAAUUUGGUCCUUUGUUCAGAAUCAUGAGGACUGGGAUAUUUAUUUUUCAACAAAGGUCCACAGUGGUGGAGCACCUGUUUUGCAUGCAAAAGUUACCCAGUUCAAUCCCUGGCAUCUCCAGGUAGGCUGCCUGAAACCCUGGAGAGCCACUGCCAGUCAGUGUAUUCCGUACUGAGCUAGAUGGACCAAUGGUCUCCAUAACACAGCCUCUUGUAUUCCCUCACUGCCACCGAGUCAUUAAGACGGCCCCGGCGCCCUCUCUUUCUCCAGGUGCUCCCAACACAGCCGAGUUGAAGAUCUGCCGUGUGAACCGCAAUUCAGGGAGCUGCCUAGGUGGAGACGAGAUCUUCCUCCUCUGUGACAAGGUCCAGAAAGGUAAGAGAUGCCUCCCUUUUCAGUGCAGGGUUUUACUUCCAUUGGCCACCUUGGGCUUUGGAAGAGAUGUAGAGGUCAAGCCUUGGAAGAGGCUGCAAAGGACUUCUGGACAACAGCAGCAAGGGUUCAACUUUUCAUGUGUGUUUUCCUUUCAUGGUGUUGUUGUUGUUGUUUUGUUGUUGCUGUUGCUGUUCUUAUUCUUAAGGCAGUUUUUAGUGUAGUGGGGAAAACUCAAAAAGCCCUUCCAGCCACAUCUUUGCUCAUAACAAUGACUGAAACCAUCUCUAAAGCCUCCUGUGUCUGCCAACCCUUUAAAAAUCCUCCCUAACUUAUGCAUUUUUAAAUGCAGGCUCACUAUAGUCACCAUGUGGCCAAACUGACCUCUUCGCUUCCAGCACUGUUUGCCCACUUCAGUCCUGGGCUUUUCUGUGAGGUUUGCCCUGAUGUCACAGCAUCUCGCCCAAUGGCAGGCAACUUCAGGGAGUCAGCUGAUAUAUUCAAAAUGUUAAAAAGUCUUCCACAUUUUGUUUGGUGUGUGCAUAUGGGUAUUUUGGCCUGUUGCCUUCAAAAAGUGCUGUUGGCCAUUUCUCAGUUUGGGAACAGGAGUUGAUUCCACAUUUGUGGUGAAAGGAAACAAGACCAGGUGUUGGUAUUUCCCAUUUUGUUCUUUCCCCCACCCUUCACACCAGCAAGGGGUAGCAACAACCACCAACCUGGAUGGCUUUAAAAGAGGAUGAGACUCGGUUCACCCUCCACUGUUGGAGGCAGAAUGCUUCUGAGUACCAGUUGCCAAAAAUCACAAUUGGGGAGAGCACUGUUGCAUUUGGGACUUGCUUUCAGGCUUCCUAUUGGAGCACCAGGUCGGCCACUGUGAGAACAGGAUGCUGGACUAGAUGGGCCAUUGGCCUGAUCCAGUUUCAGGACUCUCCUUGUGUUCUUACGUUCUCAGUGAGUCUGAACCCCUCAAUCCUCCCCCCCUCGCUUCCUUUGCAGAGGACAUUGAAGUCCGCUUCUUCAAGGACUCUUGGGAGGCAAAGGGCUCCUUCUCCCAAGCCGACGUCCAUCGCCAAGUGGCCAUUGUCUUCAAGACCCCGCCGUACAUGGACCAAGCCCUUCGGGAGCCUGUGACAGUCCAGAUGCAGCUGCGUCGCCCAUCCGACAAGGAAGUCAGUGGGCCCAUGGAGUUCCGUUAUCUUCCUGAUGAAGGUAUGUCCUCUCUUGCAUGCUCAGGUUCUAAGCUCUAUGAGUUUAGGGUCAAAGCUUUCAGCUGUGAGCCAGCUCAGAAACUCAGAUGUAUGUUAGGUACCAAAGGGCUCCCUGAAUCAGGGUUACAGUUGCCAAAACAGAAUGCCUAGUUUUCAUUUUGGGGCCCAGUGGCUCAAAAGACAUACUUUUCAAUGUGAAUUUUUGCUUCCUGAAAUAAAGUUCUGAUUGCGCAGAUGAAAUACCACAGAGAGAAUUUGAAAGGGUGUGUUGCUAGUGUGUGAAAGCAGGCAAGAUCCAAGGAUCCCCAGGGAUGCGCCUCCAGGUGAUGGAGACGUCAGGUGCCUUCCUGGCACCUGGGCAUCUUCACUUGCUCACAAGUGGCCAAAAGUCAGGUGCAAAAUGGGCCCAGUGCCUGGCGAAUUUCAAACGCCGCUGUGAGUGUGCAGGCGUGAUUCCCUGACUCCAGCUCUCCUGUUACUCAGUCGUUGCCUAUGAUUGGAGAGUACAUUAUCAGCUCCCUUUCAAAGCAAAUGUGUCCUUAUUCCCCCCCCCUUUCCUUUUGGACAGGUGACUUCAAUCGUAUUGACGAGAAACGCAAACGGACCCUUGGCACCUUCAAGAACUUUGUUCAGAAAACACCCUUUGCAGGUAGGGCUCGAGUUAGAGGGGUAGAAGAAAAGGGUGGUGUGGCUGGUUGAAGAACCUUCAGGGGGGUGAGACAUUGGUGACUGGGCCCCAUUUGGGACUGUUGGGGCAGAAGACAGGGAGACCAAGAGGAAAACAGAGCCCAGAGCCCUUGGCAGGUGGAGCCUACUCCUUCUAGUUUUGUCCCCAUCCUCCUCCUCCUCCAACCAAGUUCUGCAAGAGCAGGGCUGUGGAGGAAUAUCCCAGCAGGCAGAGCCACCCUGUGAGUUGCUUGCAAGUAAAAAGGCAGGCAGAUGGAAUGGCUGAGGCUGAGGGGCCCAUGCCCUGCUCUUCUUAGUACACUGGCCUCCAACAGAGAGGAGCACAGGAGGUGGAAUACCUUGGAAUCUCAUGAGACCUGGGUUUGAUGUUGCAGGGGGGAUACUGCUUCCUCUAUAGCUCAGUAAAUAAGAGCUCACACUUUCCAUACAGAGUCCAGGUUCAAUCCCUGGCAUCUCUGUUUAGGAGGAUCAGGGAGCAGGUGAUGGGGAAGGAGCCCCUCCCUCUGCCAGUCAGAACAGGCAAUACUAAGCAAGACAGACAAAGAGUCUCCCUCACAGUGAGGGUUCUUCCGGUGUCCAUACAUGGGGAGGGGGAGGGGGUUGAAGCCUUGCUGGGCUCUUGGGAGGAUUUUGCAUGUUCUCACCCCUUCCGUUCCCUCCCAACAGUCGGAGCUCCAGAACCUCGCUCCCAGCGCCGCAUUGCUGUUCCCAAACAUGGCCUGGCCCGGCCCAACAUCAGCGGUGAGGAAUGCCUAACCUUUCCUUUCAUGUAACUCUUCUGUCAAGUUAACAGCUUGCUUAUGAGGAAAAUUGGUCUGGCUGGGAAUCUUGUCCCAUGACGUCAAUAUGGACUAGCAGCUUAGGAGUUGUAUAUGUUCUGUUCAAACUGUUGGUUGGCAUUCAGCUCCUGUCCACCCUUCCCCCCGCUUAAAGGAAAAGGGAAAGGGGCUUUUUAAACCUGUGCUCAUUGGCAGACGAGUGGAGAUUAAAUCCUACUACCUAGGCUGCAAGAUCCUGUUUUCUACUGGGAACAGGGCAGUGCACCCAAAGCAGGAUUGAACCCUGUCCUCCAACCCAACAGCUGGCAUCACCAGUGGUGUCAGUGGGUGUGAUGGGCCAAAUUGGACCCCAUGGCAGGCUGAGAUUGACUCGUGGUCUGAAGGCUCCCCACCCUUGCUCUAAGCUAUUUAUAUUCUGUGCUUUCAAAAGAAAAACAUGUAACACAAUCUGGCAAUUUCCCCCAUUGAAUGAUGAUUGGAACUGUUGCUGGGGGAGGGGGCACAGAGCAUCUGCCUUGCAUGCAGAAGGUCCCAGGUUCAAUCUCCAAUGGCGUCUCCAGGUGGGCCUGGGAAAGACUCCCUGCCUAAAACCCUGGAGAACUGCUGCUGCCAGUCAGAGUGUAGACAGUACUGAGUGAGAUGGGCCCCAGUGAAUCUGGCUCAGCGCAGCUUCCUAUUGGCUUGCUUCUAGGAUUUCACUAGGAAACAUACACUUAUAAAGUCCACAAUCACCGCAUUUAAAACUAGAAACUUGUUGGCAAGUUUUGUUGUUUUUGAAAGAGAAAGAAAAUGCCACAUCUGAGUGGAUGUUGCAGCACUGGCUCCCAGCAAAAUUGGGAGCCACUCUUGGGAAUGCACUUCUUCCCUCCCUUUCCCUUAACACAGUAUUUCCCAAACUUGGGUCUCCAUCUGUUAUUGGACUACAACUCCCAUCAUCCCUAGCUGGCAAGACCAGUGGUCAGGGAUGAUGAGAAUUGUAGUCUGGAAACUCAAGUUUGGGAAACUCUGCCUUAACACAUGCUAGGUGUUUGCAUUGGCGCCGAGGUUGCUUCUUAGUUUCCAAACCAUGGCUGGUGGGCAGAUCCUGCACCAGCUCUGAGAUCCUCUGGCCGGUAAACCCUGGCCAGCUGGGAGUCCAGGAAGGUCAGGAGGCCCUGGCGCUUCUCUCACUGAUGCAGGAGUGCUGAUGUGUCCUUUGUCGUCAUCUCCUCUCUCUGAUCUUCCUUGCAGGUGUCCCAGGAAUCAUGGGAGCAUCAGGGCAAACCCCACUGCCCACCUCCAAACCCCAGGCCAUGGUGCACCCUUCUCCCGCCUACUUCACGGGGCCCAGCCAUGCCCCACUUCCAGCGGCGGCUCCUCCUCCGACCGCAGCUCCACAGUCCAGCUUCAGCACGGUGAACAUGGAAGAUCUGUCGGGCCUGGGUGUGAGCCAUCGGGUCCAGCCCUCUGAGUCGGAGGCCGAAGCCAGCAUUGCAGACGCCUUCCUGCACCUCCACUUCGAAGGGGCGGAUGCUGGGGGCAUGGAGCUCGGGGGGAUCCUGGAUGAUGCUCCCUACGCCAGCCUGGAGGGGAUUAACACAGCUGAGUUCUGCCAGCUCCUCACAGAAGGGGCCGCCCAGCAAGCACUCCAGGACAACCAAGGCACUCUGCUGACCUAUCCAGAGUCGAUCAGCCGCCUGGUGUCCCAGCGGAGAGCCCAAGGGGAGCCCAGUGGAGGGGGCGGUGGCGGCGGCUCAGGUGCCAGCUGCUACAAUGGCCUUCCGGGGGCCCUUCCUGCUGAGGAAAGCUUUUCCUCCAUGGUAGAUCUUGACUUGAACUCUCUUCUGAACCAGCUGAACUCAUAAGGGUGGAGUCACAGGACCACCAGCUUCUGUCCCUGGGCUCCAGAUCCCGGGUGGCCCCUCUUUGUUUGCGUAGACUUUGCCAACUUAACUCUCCCCCUCUCUGGUGGUCCCCCCCACUGGAUGGACUAUCCUUCAAGGAUGUGUUUGGGUGGGGGCAACCUCUAGGUUCUUGGAACAUGAGGUUUUUAUAGGCCUGGACCAUUGCUUUUAGGCAGAGGCGAGGUCUCUUUCCUCCCCGCCACCAGUGAAGUGGGCGUUGUACAUUUGGUAACACGGCGGAGCCAGUUCUCGCUUCCCUACUGAAGGCUUGUUUUCCUUCCAGAACUAUGGAGCUGUGUGUGUUUUUGACUGUUUGAAGGGGAAGAAUCUCUCCUCCUUACCAUGGUUGCCUUCUGAAAACUCGCCAGCCGGCACCUUCUCCUCCUCAUGCCAAACAAAACAUUAUUAAGGGGGAGCGGAAGCUCAGAAGCCUUAAAGAACUGUGCCAGCAAGCAAAAAAAAAUCAGCAGGUCAAACCUGUUUCUAACCUUUUUAUGAAAAGCCACACAGUUCUAAAUGCUACAGUAGCUGUACCAGGAUAUUUUAAAAGCAAAGCUACUUCUGUACUGUUUCCGGAGUGCCUUAAAGCAUUGCCCAAGGUUCUUCUGGUGGGUGAGGCCUUCCUGGUGAAACCCUACAGCCAUCUCCAGGGCCGUGAGGGUUUGUCCCUUCUGCCCAUGUUUGAAGAGGCGGGAAGAGUUGGGAUCGUUUGUUGGUCCUUUGCUGUAGAAGGAAUAGCUUAACUCUAGCAGGCUGUUGUGGGUAUACAGACAUGGGACUUGUGGUGGCAAAACACAGGCUAUUUUUCAGCCUUGGUGUCCUUGGCCUUAACUGGGGAUUUGUGUCAGUCUCUGUGGCACGCACACAGGACUUCUUCCUCUUAAGUGGUUUUUUUAAAGCCAGAAAGAGCAACAAGGCUGUGAGGGGUAAGCCAGCCUCGUGGAUGAAAGGGAUGCAGACCCAGUCAUUCUGCUCUAGGCCUGCACCUUGCCUGCCAGUGGCGGGGGGUGGGGGGGGAUAAAACAAUGGGAAAUCGCAUGAGGAUGUGGGCGGCGACUUCUUUUUCCAUACUGAAGCCAACUCUGAGCCUUUCCGCUCAGAAAAUAUGCCGUUACUAUAAGGGGGUGCAAUGGGACAUUUGGUGCCUUUCUGUUGCAGGCUUUGUUUGGCCCUAGCCCUGCUCAGUUUCCUCUUAGGGUGAGGGCUUGAGACCCUCCACGUGAACCCAGUGCCUGCCAGCCCCCAAAUCAUGCCACCCCUCCAAAGAAAAGCAAGACAGUUCAGGCCACGUAGAGGGAAAACAAGCUAGCAGGAAGCAGGAUGAUCUUCCCCUUCCGCAGUGGGAAGACAGACCAAAAGCCUCAGAUGGCUGAACGCAGACACAAGGUCUAAAACGGAAGCGAGAUCCAGUUAUCCCAGGUUAGGAUGCAGCCUGCUGCCAACAGGGUCUGGUGGGGAAAGCAGCUGCCAAGCCAGCAGGGGCAGCCAAGGUUAUGUCCAGGGUGAGGGUGGGAUUGCGCCUUGUUUUUUAAAUACUAUUUGCUGCAUUUUUUUAAGGGUGGGUGGGUGUGUCAAGAUAGUUAACCACUUAAGUGCUGUUAUUGGUCCACAGUUGUCUCACUCUUCUUUUUUUGUUAUCUGAUGUGGCAAUUCUUGCUUUCUUCUUCCUAUAGCAGGUUCCUAAAAAUAAACUGAAGCCUCAGCCUGGCAGUUUUCUUUUUAUCGUGGAAUUGGGGUGUGGUUUCCGUAAGGACUUGUGGAAGGAAGAUCUGGGAACUGUGGCCUUAAUUUGCAGGCAAUGUUACCUCAAA